AGUCCAAUAAUUGCUGGAACUAUAGAUGCCAGAACCCGUGACACACACAGCUGCUCGGGACCUCCAGAGAGGGAGAGGCACAACAACACGUCUAUUAUUUUACCCAGUUAACUUUUCUUUCAUAUUGCAAAUUUCACAAAGAUGUCGGGCACAUCACAGCACAAGUAUCGGUAUAAAAACCAAGGCUUAGACUCUGCUGAGAUGAGGAGACGACGGGAAGAGGAAGGAGUACAGCUGAGGAAACAGAAAAGGGAACAACAACUUGCAAAGCGCCGAAAUGUAAAUGACUUAACAGCAGGUCUUGGUGAAGAUGAGUCAGUAGAAGCUUCUAUGAACCAGGAGAGCAAUCAACAAGGGACAGUAGUGGGUGGCAGUCUUAUUACAUCUGAAAUGGUGCAGGUGCUCUACAGUGAUGACCUGGAGGCUCAGCUCAAUGCCACACAAAAGUUUAGAAAGUUACUGUCCAGGGAGCCUAAUCCACCAAUAGAUGAAGUCAUCCAGACUGGCAUUGUUCCAAAGUUUGUGGAGUUCCUUCAGAGGGAUGGGCAUUGCACGUUGCAGUUUGAGGCGGCUUGGGCUCUCACCAACAUUGCCUCGGGAACCAGCACACAGACACGAAUUGUAAUAGAAGCUGGUGCUGUGCCUAUCUUUAUCCAGCUACUGAGUUCAGAUUUUGAAGACGUCCAGGAACAAGCAGUGUGGGCCCUUGGGAACAUAGCAGGAGACUCUCCAGACUGCAGAGAUUAUGUUUUAUCUGAAAAUAUUCUGAUGCCUUUAUUACAACUCCUCAGUAAGUCCACUCGUCUCUCCAUGACUCGCAAUGCCGUAUGGGCCCUCAGUAACCUGUGUCGGGGAAAAAACCCUCCCCCAGACUUCGCCCGUGUGUCGCCCUGCCUUCCUGUUCUGUCUCGGCUUCUGUUUCAUAGUGAUGCAGAUGUGCUGGCGGAUGCUUGCUGGGCCCUCAGCUAUCUCAGUGAUGGGCCCAACGAGAAGAUCCAAGCUGUCAUUGAUGCUGGGGUGUGCCGUAGACUUGUUGAGCUCUUAAUGUUUAAUCAGCAUAGUGUAGUAGCAGCAGCAUUAAGAGCGGUUGGUAACAUUGUGACCGGUGAUGAUGUUCAAACACAGGUAAUUUUGAAUUGUUCAGCACUUCCAUGUCUCCUGCAUCUGCUGUCAUCCCCCAAGGAAUCUAUCCGUAAAGAGGCUUGCUGGACAAUAUCAAAUAUCACUGCUGGUAAUCGUUCCCAGAUUCAAGCAGUCAUUGAUUGCAACAUCUUCCCUGUGCUCAUUGAGAUUUUGGGCAAAGCAGAAUUUAAGACUAGAAAGGAGGCUGCCUGGGCUAUCACCAAUGCUACUUCAGGAGGAACGCCAGCACAGAUCAGAUACCUUGUGGAACAUGGAUGCAUAGCUCCACUCUGUGAUCUCCUGACAGUAAUGGAUGCAAAGAUUGUUCAGGUGGCAUUGAAUGGUAUCCAGAAUAUAUUGCAACUUGGAGAGCAGGAGGCCAAGACCACAUUUGGAGUGAACCCAUAUGCAGUAUUGGUUGAGGAGUGUUAUGGCUUAGACAAGAUAGAGUUCCUGCAAAGUCAUGAAAAUCUGGAAAUCUAUCAGAAAGCUUUUGAGAUCAUUGAACACUACUUUGGAGGAGAGGAGGAAGAUUCCAAGGUGGCUCCUACUGUUGAUGAGUCGGGCCAUCAGUUCCAGUUUAAUCCUGAAGCAGGAGCUCCUCCACAGGGUGGCUUCAACUUCUAACAGGACCUACUGAACCCUGAAGUACAGUUCUGUAGAACUAGAAACCUAUAAAGAUUGUAAUUAUGGGAAUUUAUCUGAAACUAUGUUUAAUAUGUUUUUGUACUUGAAGAACCUGGACAUCAGUAUAUCACAUACAGAUUCACUUUUAUAUUGUUUUAAUACAGUUGAUUACUUAUAAUUACUAUACUUCAGAUUUUCUCCUUUACAGUGAUCUUGUCACUUUUAAUUUUUGUUUAGCAAUGAAAUGCAUAUAUGAAUUUUUCAUAGCUUAAUAUGCUAUUCUCUUUCUCUGGCAUCAAAAUGUCACUGAGAACAUGUAGAAUAUGGCCAUUAUAAUGACUUCUCUGCCAUGCAUAGUCUAAAUGUAAUCAGGAAUUGUGUUCAUAUGUGUGUUUGGACUUUUAAUAACUAAGUCCCUAAGACAGUAUAAUCAAAGAAAACCACACACACACACACACACACACACACACACACACACACACACACACACACACACACACACACACACACACACACACACACACACACACAC